AUGCGCAUAAAGACAACAAGCAAAUCAUCGAGUACAUCCUAUUCGAAAGUUAAACGAAAAUUGAAACACUCUCUGCUCAUCUUUUCAGAUGAUUCAAUUUUUGAAAUUUUAUCAUUUCUUGAUGUUAAAUUUAUUCUAAAUUGUACUCUAAUUUCUAAACAGUGGUUGAAUGUCAUUUCGGAAAGAUCAAGAUUUUCUUUAACUUGCAGAAAUGAUAACAAACUGAAAGGUCAAUUACUUCAAAAUAUUGAAAUAUUAAUAGUGGAGAAACGAAACGAAACUAUUUUUGAUUGUAAAAUAUUUUCUGCAAUGAUGAAGAAUCGAUUGGUAGAUCUUGACAUGAAAAUGAAUAAUAUUGGUGAUAUAGGCGUUUCUUAUAUUAGCAAUCUCACAAAAUUAACAAAGCUCAAUGUUUCGUAUAAUAGGAUUAGUUCAGAAGGAGCCAAAUAUCUUAGCAAAAUGAAACAAUUGACAUAUCUUGACAUUUCUCAUAAUAAGAUAGGAGAAGAUGGAUCCAAAUUCAUCUGUAAUGGAAUCAGACAACUUACACAUCUCAAUAUUUAUUAUAAUGAAAUCGGUGUUAGAGGAGUUAAAUUCAUUGGUGCGUUGAAACAAUUGACCAGUCUUAAUGUUGGUGGAAAUCGUAUUGGUGAUCAAGGCAUUGAACAUUUAAUGAGAAUGCAUCAAUUGGUAGAUCUCAAUAUUAGUAAUAAUAAUAUUCGAGUUGAGGGAGCAAAAUUAGUGAGUGAAAUGACUCAGUUGACCAAUCUUAAUAUUCGUAAAAAUAUAAUUGGGGAUGAUGGUGCUAAAUACAUUAGUGAAAUGAAACAAUUGAUUAAGCUUGAUAUUGGUAAAAAUUAUCUAAGUAAUCGAGGUGCUAAAUAUAUUAGUGAAAUGAAAUAUUUAACAAAUCUUGACAUUCGUUCGAAUAAUAUUCGUGAGGAAGGAGCUGAAUUUAUUGGUGAAAUGAAACAAUUGACCAAUCUUAAUCUUAAUGGAAAUUAUAUUACUGAUGAAGGUAUUAAACACCUCUGUGGACUAUAUCAAUUAGUUUCUCUUUCAAUUUACAAUACUGGAAUUCAAAUGGAAGAUGGUGCUAAACUUUUGAGUGAAACAAUGAAUCAUCAUCUUAGUUAUCUUGUUGUUGAGAAGAAACAAUGCAAUACAUUAGAAAAAUGA